AUGGCCCAGGUGGCGACCGGCCGCCACAGGGGGGGGAGUCGUGUGGGGGACGUGCUGCCCCAAGCCUCCCUUGACAAGGCUGCCGAGUUGCUGGGCGGCAGGGGCCCUCCGUGCGCGGCUCAGAUCCGGUGGUGCGUUCGGCGGCAGGAACCGGGGGCAGAUGUUUCCCCGGGGUUGUGGGCCAGCGGGCCGCCCCUGCCGCUCCUCACUCGUGUGCCUCCUGCACCCCAAGUUGGAGUCCUGUGGCUCCUUCGUGGGUGUUUGAGCGAGUCGACUCCCGACCAGGCUGCUCUUUCUGUGGACCUGGUCCUUGGUUUCAGGCAGCACCAGGAAAGCUUCCAUGAGUUAGGCACUGGCAGUCUUAAGAAUAUUGCAGCAGGUGGUAUUGGAACAGGUGAUGGCUGUGGGCACAUAGUGACCUAUCAGGACAGCGGCACAAUGACGUCUAAGAAUUAUCCAGGGACUUACCCCAAUCACACUGUUUGUGAAAAGACUAUCAGAGUACCAAAAGGGAAGAGACUGAUUCUGAGGUUAGGAGAUUUGGAUAUUGAAUCCCAGACCUGUGCCUCUGACUACCUUCUCUUCACCACCAAUUCCGAUCAGUAUGGACCAUAUUGUGGAAGUAUACCUGUUCCCAAAGAACUCCUACUGAACACAAACGAAGUCACUAUUCGCUUUGAGAGUGGAUCCCACAUUUCCGGGCGGGGAUUUUUGCUGACCUAUGCCAGCAGCGACCAUCCAGAUUUAAUAACAUGUUUGGAACGAGCUAACCAUUAUUUGAAGCCAGAAUACAGUAAAUUCUGCCCGGCUGGUUGUAGAGACAUAGCAGGAGACAUUUCUGGGAAUCUGGUGGAUGGAUACAGAGAUACCUCUGUAUUGUGCAAAGCCGCCAUCCAUGCUGGAAUAAUUGCAGAUGAGUUGGGAGGUCAGAUCAGCGUGCUUCAGCUCAAAGGGAUAAGUCGAUAUGAAGGAAUCCUUGCCAAUGGUGUGCUUUCAAAAGAUGGUUCCCUGUCAGACAAGCGAUUUCUCUUUACCUCCGAUGGUUGCAGCAGAUCAUUGAGUUUGGAGCCUGAUACGCAAAUCAGAACUACUUGGCAGUGGGUCAGUGAGAUGGGAGAACAGCUCCAUUGGUCCCCUGGCCAAGCCCAGCUUCAGGACCAAGACCUAUCAUGGGCUUCGGGGGACAGCAGCAAGAACCGCAAACAGCGAGAAUGGCUGGAGACCGAUUUGGGAGAGAAAAAGAAAAUAACAGGAAUUAUGACCACAGGAUCCACACAGUCGAAUUUCAACUUUUAUGUUAAGAGUUUUGUGAUGAAGUUCAAAAACAGCAACUCCAAGUGGAGGACCUAUAAAGGAAUUGCAAAUAAUAAAGAGAAGGUGUUUCAGGGCAACUCUAAUUUUCGGGAUCCAGUGAGGAAUAAUUUUAUCCCUCCCAUCGUGGCCAGAUACGUGCGGGUUGUCCCCCAGACAUGGCACCAGAGGAUCGCCUUGAACGUGGAGCUCUUUGGUUGCCAGAUUACACAAGAUAAUGAUUCAUUGGUGUGGCGCAAAACAAGUCCAAAUACUGUUAGUUCAACUAAAAGAGAAGAUGAGAUCAUCACAAGCUCCAUCCCCUCAGAAGAAAUCCCCACAGGAAUAAAUGUCACAACUGUUGUUAUUCCACUGGUGCUCCUGGCUCUGCUGGUUGCUGGAAUGGGAAUCUUUGCCGCCCUUAGAAAGAGGAAGAAGAAAGGAAAUCCAUAUGGAUCAGCUCAGGCCCAGAAAACAGACUGUUGGAAGCAGAUCAAGUAUCCCUUUGCCAGACACCAGUCGGCUGAGUUUACCAUCAGCUAUGAUAAUGAAAAGGAGGUGACACAAAAGUUAGAUCUCAUCACAAGUGAUAUGGCAGAUUACCAGCCUCCGCUCAUGAUUGGCACCGGGACGGUGGCGAGGAAGGGCUCCACCUUCCGUCCGAUGGACACCGAGGAGGAGACCCCGCCUAGCGCCGAAGUCUGCGGCCACUACGACCGCCCCCUGCUGGCCGGCCGCCACGAGUACGCCCUGCCCUUGACCAACCCCGAGCCCGAGUACGCCACGCCCAUCGUAGAGCGGCACGCGGCGCGCGCGCACACCUUCUCCGGCUACAGGGUGCCGGGGCCCCGGCCGGCGCACACGCACUCACUGUCUUCCGGCGGCGCGCCCUACCAGAGGCCGCCUCACCCCGCGCCCGCAGCCGCACGCCCGGGCUACGAUCGGCCCACGGCCGGCGGCCAGGCCGCGGACCGCACCCACCCCGACUACCAGGAGCCGCGGGCAAAGCCAGCCGCCAGCGCCUCCUACGCGGCCCCCAGAGACUGCCUCCGACCCCUCAGCCCCACGGCCAUGACCGCUCUUUUGUGA